UUCGUCGCCUGGCCUCUGUCUCCGUCGCGCUUCUGGCCCUCUGUUCAGACUGCUCAGAAGAAAAACCCUUCAUUUCAAUUUCCUUCCUUCGAGUUCAGAGAGCAGAAGCUCAACCAAGAGAAAAACCCUAGACUUCGAAGAUAUCAAGGGUCAUGGUGGAGUAGAUACUGGAAAUAUUUUGCUUGCUUUGAUAGAUGGCUAUUUUGGCCCUGAGUUUAUUGACAAUGGUUCGAUUCGAGAGUGGGAGUUUCAAUGGCCUACCUCCUCCGCGCUCUCCCAAGUUGACGCCACAUAGUCACAUCUCACUCACUAAGCCAUCUUGGGUUGUGAGAACGGAGUCAAAUGUUAAGAAGAAGAGAAGAAAGAAGCCGGAUCCACAUUGUGUAGUCUGUGAGGGGAGUGGACGAGUCGAUUGCCACCAGUGUCGUGGGAAGGGAAGGACAAACCAGGUUCAUUUGGAAAUGCUCCCGAAAGGUGAAUGGCCAAAAUGGUGUAGAACUUGUGGCGGAAGCGGUCUUGGUUACUGCUCCCGUUGCCUUGGUACCGGAGAAUAUAGCUGACUGUCGUUUACAAUGCAAAUAAGUGAAGGGUGUGACAACGGACCUCGCCUUGCAGACUCCAUUGCACAGUGGAGCCAAUGGCAGUUGCUUGAUUCUCUUCUACCUACCGGC